AUGCCAGUGAAAACAGGACUAUUCUUCAGCCUUUUCUUAUGUGCCCUGCAAGCUACACAAAUCAAAGACCUCAGUAGUGAUGUUUUCUUGGGGAUGAGAAAUGGCAAAUAGAGGCACUUCUUAGAGUCAGCACGUCUAGCCAGGCAAAUGUCAGCUGCCCAGGUCUCGCUUGACUGGAGCCGGCGAGUGAAGAGAUCCGUGUGGCUCGGCAUGGGGGCCAAAGUGUGUCCUCGAGAGAGCAUGGCAGAGGUCAGCAGCAGCCAUAAAGCUACAAACCGAGAGCUGCAGGAAGCUGUUUGGAGGGCCUUCCAGAUUUUUCUAGAUAAAGUACCUGACACUAUGGAGUACCAUCAGUGGGUGUAUGAACAGAGAGACUCACUGUGUGUGGAAGACCAAAACUUUAACCACACCCAGGAACACCUUGACAUAGUGGCUAGGACUGGGGUCCCAGCCGCUGCUCCUGCAAAGCCAGUGGAGCGCGUAAUAGAGUUCAGUGUGAGUGUGGAGGACCCAGACUACAGUAAGCCGCAGAGUGAUCCUGACACCUUACAGCAUCAUGAUGUCAUCCACAGUCUUCACAGUGGGGGUAAUUUAUCAAUGCUGUAGAUUUUCAGCAAACUCCCUGGGUUUAAGGAGAUUCGACUGCUUGGAAAUCUCUCUGGAGGUGGUGCUCCACAAUAUGCUGUGGUGUUUGAGAUAGAAGGUAGCUCUCUAGGAAUAGAGUCUGGUCACUCUGGUGCAGAAACAGCCCUGAAGAACAAGGUAGUGAAUGCUCUGAGUGAGGAACCAUCGCUGCCUUUGGACAUUCACUCCCUCAGCCUUGAAACAGAUGCCUCUACUAAUGGAAUCCACAGGAGGAAGGACGAGGAGACAAUAGAGAGUACGAGACAUGGGAUAUCCAAGCACUGGGAUCCCACAACUACAUUUGCAGCCUAUAUGGAGCAAUCUUCACUUGAACCAAAUGAAGGCCUCAGAGUAGAGGAACGCAAAGAUGGAAAUCUGAUCACUAAGCUGGUUCAAAUAACUGAAGGAGCUAAAAGGAGUUCUACUUUGGAUUACCCAUCAAAGGUGUCUGAAAUGACAGCUGGGUCACAGAACCUAAAUUCCUUUGAAGUAGUCAGUACAUGUAUUUCAGUACAAUCCUCAAUUUUGAGAAUUUGUUACAGUACACUACUCUCAUAUCUGCAAUCCAAUCUGACUGGCUUCAAGGAGCUCAAGAUCCUAAACUUCAAACAUGGCAGCUUGUUAUUGAACAGCAAAACAGUGGUCCCGCAUAACACCACUAAAGUCGCGCAGUGUGUGCUCAAAGACUUUUGCAAUGCCACAUCCAAGACACUAGGAAUCAAAAUCGAUGCCCAGCUGGUAAAUGCUGCCUCAGGAAAGGAGAAAGCUGCCAGUAAUCCGUCUUCUUGAUCGUCUCCAGGUCAGGGCGAUCCAGGCACGUACGUGGACUGCAGCGAGUUCUCCCAGUGCACAGUUAACACACAGAGCACAGAUGUGGAGUGUCUGGGUGAUCCUGGCUACAGCACAGUCCAUGGUCUGCCCUGUCAGAGCAUCUGCAACCUCCAGCCCAACUACUGCCUCAAUGGGGGACGAUGUGAGAUCAUACAAGGCCAUGUAGUAAACUGCAGAUGCCCUGAAGGUAAAUUCUGGAACUAUCGUGGCGAGCACUGGAGUGAACUGAUGUCUCUGCCAGCUGACCCACUCCUUUUCACUGCCUGUCUGGUGAAACAGCUGUGUGCUGUAAUAGGCAUCUUGGUUUUCAUUAACAAUAAAUGGAUACGGAUCAGAAAGACAGUGACACUAGUACAUUAACAUGCAAUGGUUCCCCAUGAGGGCAGACUGAGAGUGAAUCCAGUUUUUGAGAAUUAUGAGGAUAUCUUGACUCAUGUGUCAAGCAUCAGCUAUCCCAAGAGCUCUGAUGCUGGGUCAUCUCAACUUUCUAAUCAGUUUCAGUCGGUUGAAAACAUACACCUUAGCAUUGAGAUGCCCAGAAAACUCUACAAAAGGUCAGAAAUGGUUGAUUUCCACCAUUGCUUAUCACAUCAUGAGACAUGGCUGUCCAACGGGCAAAGGGCUUCUCAUCCUUUGAGGAGACCUGAUAGUGAAGGGUUGAACGUGACCGUUUUAUGA